AUGUCUCGUGAAAUAGAUAUGAAUGGUGUGUCAGCCGUUAGGCUUUUACUCGAGACGGGUAAAGUGGACAUUGAGUCGAAAGACAGUUCUGGAAGGAGCCCGCUGUCGUUGGCUGCUGGGGAAGGCCGUGUACCUGUUUUCAAGCUUCUCCUUGCAAUGGACGGAGUUGAUAUCGAGGCUAAGGACCAUUGUGGUCGGACUGUGCUGUCCUGGGCUGCCGAGAAAGGGUCCGAGAUCAUUGUAAAGAUGCUACUCACAGCUGGUGCCGAUGUCAACGCCAUGGACAAGGAUGAUCAAACAGCGCUAUCAUGGGCCAGUCGAAUGGGACAUGGAGCUGUCAUUGCAUUGCUACAAAAAAGUAGUUGA